AUGUUGUUCAAUGAUUCGCGUUAUAAUAAUCAUCACAUCAUCUCAAGAAUUGGUGCAAAGAAAUGGUCAACAAAUUGGCAAAAGUUUUCUGGCUUUCCGUUUGCCUUUAAAUUCGAGGAUAACUUUCGUAUCACUCAUGAAGACAAACAGGAAUGGCUUAGAGAUCACUGGCAUUACUCCAUAUAUAUCAGUCUAGUGUACGUUAUAUUAGUUCAUGUGCUUCAGAAUUGGAUGAAAUCCCGUGAAAAGGGCUAUAAUUUGCGCACACCGUUAGCCCUAUGGAGUACUGGUUUAGCCAUAUUCUCCAUCUGCGGCACAAUUAAGUGUUUACCCGAAUUCAUUCACAUCCUAUGGACUAAAGGAAUAUUCGCCUCUUUUUGUGAAUCAUGUUAUUAUGAAGACAUUCGACUGGUAUUCUGGUAUUGGCUGUUUGUCAUAUCAAAAGUGGCCGAAUUGGGCGAUACGUUCUUCAUCAUAUUCCGGAAACAAAAACUAAUCAAGCUCCAUUGGAUUCACCACUGCCUCACACUAUGCUAUAGUUGGUACGUUUACGCCGACAUCCCGGCCACUGCCCGAUGGAUGGUUAACAUGAACUUUGUUAUCCACUCAUUGAUGUAUACGUACUAUGCGUUAAAAGCGGUCCGAUUCUCAAUCCAUCCAAUGGUCGCCAAAUUUAUCACUUUAUCGCAAAUUCUUCAAAUGAUUUUCGGCUUUUACGUCAAUAUCCGCGCCUUUCAGUUCAAGAUCAAUGGCGUGCCGUGCGAUCUGUCCGUAUCGGUGGUCACCACCGGUUUGGGUCUUUACUAUUUAUUUUUCAUGCUUUUUGUCAAUUUUUUCAUCCGAACCUAUUUGGUUAAGCCAUUCAAAUACUCCAACGGACAGACCUUUCAAGCCAUUCAUUAUUGCUAUCGAAGUCAUAACAAUAAUCAGAUUAUCAGUAAAAACAAUAAAAGCGAAUAA